CCCCACUUCAUCACUUUCCUCUCUCUCUCUCUCUCUCUCUCUCUGUGUGUAGAAAGAUGGCCAUUGUUGCAGUGAAAGCUGUAGUGCUUCUGCUAAGCUGCUUCACUCUCUCUGUGUCCGCCGAUUUGUUCGAUUUAGUGAGCUGGUCUCGGUCCACUGAGUCGAAGGAUCACCACAAUGCUCCGGCGUACCCCCCAGCCGAAGCCCCCAAGCACCCCAAGGCGCACCCGCCCCAGCACCAGCACCACCCCCGCCGCGGCCAUCUUCCAGUUCACCCGCCGGUUCACCCCCCGAGUUCUCCCCUCCCCAAGAGGAACUUUGUGGCUGUCCAAGGUGUCGUUUACUGCAAGCCCUGCAAGUACGCUGGAGUCGAAACCCUCCUUGGAGCCACUCCCCUUGCCGAAGCGACAGUGAGGCUGGAAUGCAACAACACCAAGUUCCAUCCACUGGUCCAAGAGGCCAAAACCGACAAGAACGGCUACUUCUUCAUCAUGGCGGCGAAGGGCGUCACCAACUACGGCGCUCACAAGUGCAAGGUGGCGCUGGUGUCGUCGCCGUCGGCGGCAUGCAGUAAGCCGACGGAUCUGCAUUCCGGAAAGCAAGGCGCCGUCUUGAUUCCCAAGAAGCCUCCCGUCAAAGAUGUGCCCAAGCCUCUUCCCUUCGAGCUCUUCUCUGUCGGGCCAUUCGCCUUUGAGCCCCCCACCAAAUGUCAUUGAUGAUCCUGCCCGGCAGCUGAUCACCCACAACCUAAAACUUAAAAUGAAUCCUAGCUAGGGUCUCAUGCCAUUGUCUUCAUUCUGUUGUUUCUUUCUACGUCAGGUGUGCAUCGCUUUAAUUAGCGUUUAGUGAAGAGAAGAUGGAGAGUACUGUUUGUGCCUUGGCUUGUCUGGUCUGGCUUGGGUUGGCUUGGUUGUGUAUGCAAAUGAAGGAUUGAAACAGUAAUGAAUAAUAGUUGGUCAAAUCUUUAAUAAUAAUAAUAAUAAUAAUUUGUAAUGAA